AUGGCAGUUUAUAAUUUCCACACCAUAAUAUUCUCCAUCAUUUUAUUACUAGUAGUCCAAAAUACUAUACAUGGAGCGGAAGUAGGGCAAUCAAACGAAAAUUACAAUAAACUAGAGGAAGGAUUACAAAUUUAUAACUAUAAAGACGAUGCCAGUGAUCAAAAUAAACAUUUGAGGGUUAAAAGGCAAUUUGUGGUGGGUCCUUAUCCGUAUUAUGGAGGUAUUUACAGGCGUCCUCUACCAAUAAUCGUGGGUGGUAUUGGAUUUGGGGGCGGUUUCGGAGGUUUCGGGCUUCGAGGAUUUGGAGGACGAGGUUUUGGAGGCGGCUUUGGUGGAAGAGGAUUUGGAGGUCGUGGAUUCGGUGGAAGAGGUUUUGGAGGUCGUGGCUUUGGUGGAAGAGGUUUCGGCGGUAGAGGUGGCUUUGGAGGCAGAGGCGGUUUUGGUGGCCGUGGUGGUCGUGGAUAA